AUGGGCGGUCUCCACUGUAAAUGGCGGUUCCCCAACACCCGCUUUAACCGUCAUUUAUGUCGUCUACCCUCCUCUCCUCCAUUGCCACCAUUCUCAUCAAACACUUCACUUCCAUUCCCUCCAUUAUCACAACCCAAAGUCAGAUGUGUUGAGUUUACAACACCAAACACCAGAAGUAGAGCUCUCAUUCUCAGACCUUUGUUCUGUCUCUCUCAAAACCAACAAACCCAACAAGUACAAGAAGACAAUGAUCGAAACAAUGAUGAUGAGGAAGAAGAAGGUGAAGAUGACGACAGCAUGUCCCAAGGCCGUGGCAAUGGGAACUGGACAAUAGUACUGUCAUCCAGCUUGGUUGGUCUCCUCACUGGCCUCGGUGUCGUUCUGUUCAACUACUCAGUGCAUGAGAUACGUGAUGUAUUUUGGGAUGGGAUACCUCAGAGAGGAGCUUCAUGGCUGAGAGAGGAGCCCAUUACAGAUAUGUGGCAGCGAGUAGUUUUUGUUCCGGUUGCCGGGGGUUCGAUUGUGGCCAUUUUGAAUGUGCUUAGAGGUGCGUUGGAAGAUGAACAAGGAGAAGAAGAGGAAAAGGAAGAGAAUGUGUUGGCUGCGUCGCGUCCAUUUCUCAAGGCAGUUGCUGCUUGUGUUACUCUGGGAACUGGGAAUUCUUUAGGUCCAGAAGGGCCUAGUGUUGAGAUUGGGACUUCCAUUGCCAAAGGUGUUGGUUCUGUGGUCGAUAAGAGUUCUCAAAGAAAGCUCUCUCUUGUGGCUGCUGGAUCAGCUGCUGGAAUUGCUUCUGGGUUCAAUGCUGCUGUUUCCGGUUGCUUCUUUGCCGUAGAGUCAGUGCUAUGGCCAUCACCAGCAGAUUCUUCUUCUUCAUCUGUUUCGCUCACAAAUACCACUUCUAUGGUUAUUCUUAGUGCAGUGAUAGCUUCUGUAGUUACACAAGUUGGUCUUGGUUCUGAACCUGCAUUUAAGGUCCCAGGCUAUGACUUCCGCUCACCUACUGAGCUACCGCUUUAUCUACUUCUGGGUGUUUUAUGUGGCUUGGUGUCAUUAACCUUUUCAAAGUGCACAUCGUACAUGUUGUUAGUCGUUGACAAUCUUCAGAAGGCUACUUCCCUGCCAAGAAGUUUGUUUCCUAUACUAGGAGGCUUAUCAGUUGGGCUAAUAGCAUUGGCAUAUCCUGAAAUCCUUUAUUGGGGAUUUGAGAAUGUUGACAUUUUGCUAGAAUCUCGACCAUUUGUGAAAGGCCUCUCAGCUGAUCUCUUGGUUCAGCUAGUAGUGGUUAAGAUAGGUGCAACCUCUUUGUGCCGCGCCUCUGGGUUAGUUGGAGGCUAUUAUGCUCCAUCACUCUUCAUUGGUGCUGCAACAGGAAUGGCAUAUGGGAAAUUCAUUGGUUCCGCAGUUGCUCAGUCCAAUCCUAUACUUCACCUCUCCUACUUGGAAGUAGCAUCACCACAAGCAUAUGGACUGGUUGGAAUGGCUGCUACUCUUGCAGGAGUGUGCCAGGUACCUCUUACAGCAGUGUUGCUACUUUUUGAAUUGACACAAGAUUAUCGGAUUGUUCUACCGCUGCUUGGAGCUGUAGGGUUAUCUUCAUGGGUUACAUCUGGGCAGACAAGAAGAAAAGAUGUCUCAAAGAGUAAGAAACUCUCAAAGGGAGAAACUAGUAGCAUUCAACAACCUAAAGACCGUUUCUCUAGGGUGAGUGGGCUAUCUUCUAGAAAAACAUUCACCGAAAGCACAUCUAACAUGAGUGACCUUUGUGAAAUGGAAAGCUCACUCUGCAUUGAUGGUUUUGAUAUUGAUACGGAAAAGUUAGAAAAGAAAAUACUCGUUUCAGAAGCCAUGAGAACAAGAUACGUGACUGUUUGGAUGAACACUUCACUUACAGAAGCAGUGGCUCUAAUGCUUGCAGAAAAGCAGCCCUGUGCCAUGAUCGUUGAUAGUGAUCAAGUUCUAAUUGGUAUACUGACACUAGAAGACAUUCAAACGUUCAGCAAUAAAUAUGCAAAAUCAAGAAGAAAACAACCCAAGGAACUUAUUGUAUAUGAAAUGUGUUCUUCUGAUGGGGAAGUAUGCAAAGUACCAGGGACUGCUACACCCAGUAUGGAUCUAUUUUCUGCUCAGAAUAUCAUGAAUAGAUACGAAAUGAAUGAAAUACCAGUUGUCACAGAGCAUCCUCGGGAUCAGAGAGGGCACCUAGUUGGCCUUUUAGACAGAGACUGUAUAAGCCUAACUUGCAGAGCUCUAGCAACCAGAGAAUCCCUCUGUUAGUCAUAAAACACUGGAUGGCAAAUUUUGUGUAAAUAAUCAGAA